AUUAGAAAACUAAAACUAAGUAGGAAAAUAAUAGAAGAAAAAUCUUAAAUAUCCAUCUCUUUUUCUUUUUUUCUGUGUGUUUACCAGUUUGAUAUUCUCAUUGUUGGAUUUCUUAAAAAAAUAAGAUUGCAAAGGUUACUUUGUGUUACCAUUCAAUUUCUAUAUGAUAUGUUAAAACGCAUUAGACUAUUGUGUUUGUCCCCACUCCUCACAGUCAUCAGCUUCAUAUUUUGAACAGCAGAGGCAGAAUAAUAGGAUGUCUAUGCUGCCAGUAUUAGCGCAAGUGACAUUACUGAUGCUUAACCGAGUUGGGUCCUCAAUUUUGUUUCCUCUUCAUGGGAACGUGUAUCCUAUGGCGUUCUAUAAUGUUACCCUCAACAUAGGCCAGCCAUCAAAGCCUUACUUUCUUGACCCUGACACUGGUAGUGACCUCACAUGGCUCCAGUGUGACGCUCCCUGUGUCCAAUGCACUGAGACACCUCAUCCACUUUACAGGCCCAGCAAAAACCUGGUACCUUGUAAGGACCCUCUUUGUAAAUCCUUGCUCCUGCACGGAUGCAAAUGUGAAACAACAGAGCAAUGUGAAUAUGAGGUUCAGUAUGCAGAUGGCGGUUCAUCUUUUGGUGUUCUUGUCAAGGAUGCUUUUUCCUUCAACUUUAUAAAUGGAGAACAAUUGAAACCUCGUCUAGCCCUUGGGUUGGUGACUUUGCUCAUCUCAAUUACAUUUACAAACUCGCAAUUUCUGGAAAUUGUUUUCAAACCAAUCUAAGAUAAUUAUGCUUUUGAAUAGAAUCGUUGUAGUAAGCUUUUCA